AAAACAGUAAGCAGUGUACAUCUCCAGUCUUCAAACUUCACUCCUGAUGCUGUAAGGAGCACCUGUCGUCCCAACAUCCUUUGCGUGUCCAAUAUGGAAGAACUGGCGGUGGAGGUCCGUGGCUCCAACGGGGCUUAUUACAAGGGCUUUGUCAAAGACAUCCACGAUGACUCUCUCACCAUUGCCUUUGAGAACAAUUGGCAGCCAGAGCGCCAGGUGCCCUUCAGUGAUGUCAGGAUGCCUCCGCCCGCUGACGGCAAGAAGGAGAUUGGAGAGGGCGAGGAGGUGGAGAUCUUGUCCAGAGCCAAUGAUCAGGAGCCUUGUGGUUGGUGGCUGGCUAAAGUCUGCAUGAUGAAGGGAGAUUUCUAUGUGAUAGAGUAUGCAGCCUGUGACGCCACUUACAAUGAGAUAGUGACCUUUGAGCGUUUGCGUCCAGUCAACCCUAACAAGGCCAUCACCAAGAACUCCUUUCACAAGUGCACUGUCCCUGUUCCUCAGGAUCUUCAAGAAGCAUGCCAGAGUGAGAACGCCCAUAAGGACUUUAAGAAAGCUGUGGGAGCCUGUCGCAUCUCAUACUGCCCUGAGACCAGCCAACUAGUGAUUGUGUCUAUCAAUGAGACGACAGUGAAGCGUGUGUCUUUGCUGAGUGACAUGCACCUGCGCAGCCUCAAGACCAAGCUGCUGCUAAUGUCACGCAAUCAUGAGGCCACAAAACACCUGGAGAGCUCCAGGCAGCUGGUAUCAUCCUUCCAGGAGGAGUUUAUGGUGAGAACGGAUCUGAUGGGCUUGGCCAUUGGCAGCCAUGGCAACAACAUCCAGCAAGCACGGAAAGUUCCAGGUGUCACUGCCAUUGAGCUGGAUGAGGAGACUGGCACUUUCAGGAUAUAUGGAGAGUCAGCAGAGGCAGUGAAGAAGGCCAGGGGCUACCUGGAGUUUUUGGAGGACUCUGUCCAGGUGCCCAGGAACCUUGUUGGCAAAGUGAUUGGUAAGAACGGUAAGGUCAUCCAGGAAAUUGUGGACAAGUCUGGUGUGGUGAGGGUCAGGAUAGAAGGAGACAAGGACAACAAGCAGCCCCGACAGGAAUUGACACAGGGAAUGGUCCCAUUCAUCUUUGUCGGUACCAAGGAGAGUAUUGGCAAUGUUCAGGUUUUGCUGGAGUACCACAUCUCUUACCUCAAUGACAUGGUGGAGCUUCUUGCUGAGGGCCAGCAGCUAGACGAAGAGCUGAGGCAGAUUGUGGAUUAUACACAGGGAAGCAGCCUAGCAAGAUUCAGAAUAAGCAACACAAGGCACACUGGAUGUGAUAUAGAUGAGGUUGAGCAGCUUCGUCUGGAGAGGAUGCAGAUUGAUGAACAGUUACGUCAGAUCACCCAGGGUCACCGGCCAGCUGACAGGGAGAGAGGAGAGAGAGGGGAAAGAGGAGGAGGGUAUACUACAGAUGGCAGUGCGAAUGCCUCCUCGUCCUCUUUACAUGUCAGUCGCUCCUACAACGGUCGAGGGCGUGGGCGCAGAGGCUACAGCACUGGAUAUGGCACCAACUCAGAGCAGUCCAACGCCUCUGAGACAGAUUCAGAGCGCAAGGAUGAGCUCAGUGACUGGUCCCUUGCUGGAGAAGACCAGGACAGGGAGAGGGAGAGAGGCUCACGCCCACAAAGAGAUGGCCGCAGGAGGCCUGGACCCGGCAGAGGCAGAGGAGGGCCUGGAGGACGGGGAAGAGGAGGAAGAGGAGGAUACAACAACAGCUCAGCAGGACCUCGGGACCAUGAGGACAGCCAUGCCUAUGGAGCCUUGGAGACAAACACAGAGACAGACCAGACAGCUGAUACAGAUGCUAGCGAGUCCAACUUGCCUCUGAACCGCCGCAGAAGAUCUCGACGACGCAGAACAGACGAGGACGCCACACUAAUGGAUGGCAUGAGCGAGUCGGACAACGCCUCAAUGAGUGAAAAUGGAAUAGAUGACCCUGAAGCUAAACCUCAGCGUCGUAACCGUAGUCGACGUCGCCGCAUCCGCCUACCUGAGGAGAGGCAGCCAGUGACAGUGGCUGACUACAUAUCCAGGGCUGAAUCUCAGAGCAGACAGAUGGCCACCAAGGACACCAAGAAAAACAAGGAUGUGGGUAAGGUGGAUGCCAUCGCUGAGCACAGCCCGCCGUCUGUCCCGACAUCCACCAAUGGUUCUAACAACAAUGCUGCCGACAGUGAGGGCAGCAAUGCCACCAGAGCUCCCAGGUCUUCCACUGAGAGGCCCGCCAAAGUCUCCUACAAGGGGGACUCUGACCCGCAACCUGUUGUUAACGGACUCUCCUAGUCAGACCUGAGUAAAGGAAAUGGUUUCAAAUAUUUGAAAUUCUUUGGCUGCAUUUGAUUGAAUUUCACUGUCUCUGGAGCAGCCUUAAAAGUGAAACAUUUACAUACAACAAGCACUGUUUCUCACUGUACUUUUUACUUGACAAAUAUUUGAAACCUGUUCCCCUGCGCAAGUUUUAGAGGUCUGAAUCUUAACCUCCCCUUUACACGUGUUCUGUCCAACUAUUCAUUUUACUACAGUUUUUGUAUAAUAGUUCUUCCUGUAUGAGCUUGCCAAAGAUAGUCAAACACACACGUACUACUUAACUGUACUUUUCAGUCCACUCUUCAUUGAGAGCUCAGGAAGAGGUCAGACUGAAUGCAGUAUUUAUAAAAUGCAGACAGGGAUUCCACUCAAACCCAUACUGUGGUAUGAAUGCAGCAGUUCUUUUUUUUAUUGGUAAAAAUAAUGUCAUAGCAGGGUUUUAGGAAAAAAAGUCUACCUUUUACCAGGUGGACUGAGAAAGAUGCUUCCACAACUUUUUCAGGAUGUUUUGUGCAUCUGAAGUAGUUUGUAAAUUAAAUAUUCUGCAUGAGCAGUACCACAGUGCAGA